AUGACAGUGAUUCUUGGAACAACUAUUAUAAUUUCGGAUACAGAAAAACAGAGAAAGUUACUAGAAACAAUACCACGUUUUACUUACCAUAAAAAUUUCGCCCCUCUUCAAGGUGGUUUCACAACUGAUAAAAAUUGGGGCUGCUGUAUAAGGUCUGCCCAAGGAUUAAUAAUGCAAUUCAUUACAAAACUAUAUAAACAUUUAGGGGAUGAUAUCAGAAAUAUAUUUCCUACAAACUCUAAAUACGAAUUAUUUUAUGAUUUGCCACAUUCUCCAUUUGGUUUACCCCAUAUUUGUGCAGAACUACAAUCAUAUGGAGUCAUGCCUGGAGAGUGGGUGAAACCAUCUCUUCUUGCUCCAGUUAUUAAGGAAAUCAUGAAUUUCUUCCGUAUUCCUGUAGUUAUUGCAGAACACGGGUGUUUAUCUAGAGAAGUAUUGAAUGAAGCACUAUCACAUAACAUUCCUGUCCUACUUUUAUUUACUUUAAUGCUUGGUUACGAAAAUUUUGAAUUGAAAUAUCUCCCGUUUCUUAAACUUACUUUAUCUCUGAUAUAUCAAUCUGUAGGAGUUGUUGGCGGCCAACAAGGCAAAGCAUAUUUCAUUGUUGGACAUCAAAAAGAAAAAUUAUUAUAUUUUGAUCCUCACGACGUCAAUGAAUCAAUUACUAAGAUCGAUCAGAUCAAUCAACUUUUCAAACCACCACUAAAAGUAAUGCCAGCAGACACUCUAAGCUCAUCUAUGUUAGUUGGAUUUUUUAUUACAAAUUUACAAGACGCAGAAGAACUACCAAUGCUACUAAAUCAAUCAGGUGAAUGCCCGAUACAUAUUGUAGAUAAAAUUGAAGAAGCUAAAGAAACUCAUACAGUCGAAGGAGAUUGGGACAUUGUUUCUACUUGA